AUGGAUGAUUGGAACAAACCCUUUACAACUGAAGAAUUGGUAGCCAUUGAUGCUGCAUUUCAAGUAGCAGUUACUUCUCAUUCUUCUAAAGCCUCACGGCGUCAAAAUCCCAGUUUCGGUCCGAACUCGGUUUCAUCUUCCUCAACAUUGUGCUCCAUUAAACUGCCAUUUCAUCAAGAGCAAAGGAAAAGGAUGGUGUUGCAUGGGAUAUCUAAGAACCAAUCGUCAAAUAGAUAUAUUUAUUCUUCUAUGUACACACUUCAAAAGAAAAGGCCAAAGUUGCCAAUUGCAGUAGAGAAGGCAUGUAUGGUGAGGAAAUGGAAUGAUAUGGACCAUGACAUAUUAGUGAACAUAAUGAACCGCCUGAGGGUCCCACCCCCUAUGUUUUGGAAAGGCUGGCCUGAUUAUGAUGAUGAUGAUGGUUUUACAUACCGGGAGUACUACAUGAAGGGCGGUGAGAUGUCAACUCUUUACAACUCCUUCUGUGUUUGUAAGUCUUGGCGGUUAGCUGUGUUGGAUUCAGUCUUCCCUCCUGCAAAUGUGCUGGAUCUUCACUUUCUUAAAGGCAGGUAUUCACGUGAGAAAUAUUGCUAUCUAUUCUACUUGAAAGCCUUGCUUUGUCGUCCUCACCAAUAUACCAAACUAUAUUUUCCCGUAUGCAGCAAAAUAGUAUUGCUUACAAAAGUUGCACAAAGGUUGCCUAAAUUGAAGUGUCUAGUGCAAACAAAAGAUGAUAUAACUUGCAAUCUUUUUAAGUUAAUUCCUUAUUGGCCGGAGCUUAAUGAAGUACAUUGUACUACUGCAUUGAUUCCAACAUUGAGCAAAUAUUGUAAGAAUAUAAAAAGGAUGGACCUCUAUGGACGCAUCCAAGAUCGUAGAGCAUGUAUCCUUGCUUCAGACUUUCCUCAACUCAUGCAUCUGAAUAUCCAGGCAUGUCUUCUCUCAAGAAAUGCUUUAUCGAUAAUUUUGCAACGCAGUCCAAAUCUUACUUAUCUUGAUACUCGACAUGCUUUCUCCGUCCGAGGUUCUAUUUUUGAUCCCUUGGAAGAGAAUGUGAUUGAAUGGGAUAAAGAUGAGGUUAGUAGAAAAGCAGUUGGUAUCAAAACAUAUUUGCACUGUGCUCAGAGAUAUUGCUCUUAUUGUGCUCCACUCUAUUCAACAAAUAUUUCCGUUGCUGAUUCAGUUCGUUUUGUUCCGCCUUUAGAAUAAAAGUUUUGUUAAUUAAAUUCAAUUUAUCGUAGGUACGUAAAUGUUUUGGAUUGUACUUUUGGAAAUUGUAAUUAAAAUUAAGAUAUUGAAUUACUUUGUUUUCGGUUGAGAAAUAUAAUCACAAUAAAUAAGGUAUAUGAAUAGUUAGAUAUACUGAUCGAAUAUUCAGAUCCAAAGCUUCGGACAAACCAGGGUAAAUAAAUUAUAGUGCAAUGUUUAAGUUAAAAACUCUCAUAUUUAAAGAAUCACAAAUUUUAAAUGAGAUGGUUUCAUGGUGAGACCAUCUCUAUUGGAAUGACCGGUUUUAUAUUUAAUAUGUUAAAAGUGAUCAUUUACAACUUUAAAAUUAUCAAUUUAGAAAAAUGGGCUAAUUAUAUGGAUCCGUCUCUUGAUGAGAUGGUCUUAAACGAGCUGUGACUUCUGUUUCCUCACGCAGAUCCUACUUUCGAGCGGAACAUUGGGUAGGAUAAUGUUGAUGGUGAGUAAU